AGCUAUUCGCUAUGCUAACAACAAUAACAACUCGGGGGUAGCCACCUGCUUUCCUGCGAGUCCCUUUUUGUGUCAAUUGAGCUUUUCACUUCAACUUCACAAGAAAACGUGAUUUGGUGUGAUUUUUGACGUAUAAAAAAAUCUAUAAGAAAGCGACAGUUUCUUCAUUCAGUCAACAUACAAAGUGAACGUUAGCAUUUGGCUGAAAAAGAGGGCGCGUCGAAAAAAACAAACUAGGCCUCAGACGGUAACGACACGCGAAGCUAGGAAACCUCACCGAGAAAAGUGUCCACUGACUUAAAGACAACAUUGAAAACGUCUUCACUUGUUAUAGAAGUGUUUCCUAAACAUGGGAGGUUCAUACGGAGACAGAGACCGAGACCGUGGCCGUGACAGAGGCAGCAGCCCUCGGUACGGGUCCAGCAGAGGUGGCGCACCCUCAGGUAGAAAGUUUGGGAACCCCGGGGAGCGUUUACGGAAGAAGAGAUGGGACCUGGAUGAGCUUCCCAAAUUUGAGAAGAACUUUUAUAGUGAACAUCCAGAAGUGCAGCGACUGAGCCAGUAUGAUGUCAAGGAGUUCUGCAGGAAGAAAGAAAUCACUAUUCGAGGCUCAGGCUGCCCAAAGCCGGUCACCCACUUCCAUCAGGCACAGUUUCCCCAACAUGUAUUGGAUGUACUGAUGCAGCAGAAUUUCAAGGAGCCCACAGCUAUCCAGGCACAAGGUUUCCCUCUGGCCCUCAGUGGGAGAGACAUGGUGGGCAUUGCACAGACUGGCUCUGGGAAGACCUUAUCAUACCUCCUGCCUGCCAUAGUGCACAUCAAUCAUCAGCCCUACUUGGAGCGUGGAGAUGGACCCAUUUGCUUGGUUCUGGCACCCACAAGAGAACUGGCGCAGCAGGUCCAGCAGGUGGCCUAUGACUAUGGAAAGUCCUCCCGCCUCAAAAGCACUUGUGUGUAUGGGGGUGCUCCCAAGGGACCUCAAAUCAGAGACCUGGAGAGAGGUGUUGAGAUCUGCAUCGCCACUCCGGGUCGUCUGAUUGACUUCCUCGAGGCUGGAAAGACAAACCUGCGGCGCUGCACCUACUUGGUUCUGGAUGAAGCUGACCGCAUGCUGGAUAUGGGUUUUGAACCACAGAUUCGCAAGAUUGUGGACCAGAUCAGGCCUGACAGACAGACCCUGAUGUGGAGCGCUACCUGGCCUAAAGAUGUUCGCCAGCUGGCAGAGGACUUCCUGAAAGACUACGUUCAAAUCAACGUCGGAGCUCUGGAACUCAGCGCCAACCACAACAUCCUUCAGAUAGUCGACGUCUGUAUGGAGAGUGAGAAGGACAACAAGUUAUUCCAGCUGAUGGAGGAGAUCAUGGCAGAGAAAGAGAACAAGACCAUCAUCUUCGUGGAGACCAAGAAGCGAUGUGACGAUCUGACACGCAGGAUGAGACGUGAUGGUUGGCCGGCGAUGUGUAUUCAUGGCGACAAGAGUCAGCCGGAGAGAGACUGGGUGUUAUCGGAGUUCCGCAGCGGCAAAGCUCCCAUCCUCAUCGCUACUGACGUGGCCUCGCGUGGUUUGGACGUGGAGGAUGUGAAGUUUGUCAUCAACUACGACUACCCCAACUCCUCGGAGGAUUACAUCCAUCGCAUCGGCCGCACGGCCCGCAGCACCAACAAGGGCACCGCCUACACCUUCUUCACCCCGGGGAACCUCCGCCAGGCCCGAGACCUGAUCCGCGUUCUGGAGGAGGCGCGGCAGGCCAUCAACCCCAAACUGCUGCAGCUGGUGGACACCGGACGUGGAGGAGGAGGGGGGGGAGGGGGAGGAGGCCGUUCUCGCUUCCGUGGCGGCUCCAUCUCCAACAACCCCAACCUGAUGUAUCAGGACGAGUGUGAGCGGCGGCUGCGUUCAGUGGGUGGAGGCGGCAGCGCCAAGGACAGCCGCGGCAGCAGCAGCAGCAGCCGCAGAGGGAGCAGCCGGGACGGGGAGCGCUCUUCCUCCUCCUCGUCUUCCUCCUCUUACAGGGAGCGCAGCAGCAGGGACGGAGCGGGACGCAGCUACACCUCCACCUCCAGCUACGAGCAGUACCAGACCAACAACAGCAGCAGCAGCAGCAGCAGCGGGUACAGCAGCUCCAGAGGCAGCUCAGGGGUCAGCGUGGGGGGGGUGGUGCCGCCUCCUACUCCGGCCCCUCAGCCUCUCAUGGCCAAGCAGUUCAACCCCGCCCAGCCCAUGAUGGGUCUGAUGGGGCACUCGCCGUUCCAGUUUGCUCCUCCAGCGCCACCCGCUCCAUCAGGCAGAAAGUAAUGUGAUCUCUGCCACACGCACGCACGCACGCACGCACGCACGCACGCACGCACGCACGCACGCACGCACGCACACACACACACACAUGCACGCAUUUACACAGUCAGGGACAGAAAUUUGUACCCCUUACCUGUUGACCACUGUAACAUUUUAAUAGAGUGGUGCAGGAAUGAGUCCUAAAACCUGGAAAUGAGUUAGCAUUUUAACACUUUGGGUUCUCUUCUUGAAAUCAAAGGUGGCUAAAGUAAGGUCUGUGGUUACCGCAAGUUAGGGGAAGUUCCCGUUUCAUUCUAUGACAUAAAAUACGUCAGUAAGUCCCCCACUGGGGAAUGUCUGAAGCAUAUAUGAAUGAGACCACUAAACGGCAUCAAACAUUAGCCGCCGAUAGCUUAGCGGUGGUGGCGUGAAGUCAUGUGACCUUGACGUAGUUCCUUUAUAGCCUAGCAUUAGCUUUUUACGAUAUUUUAGGCUUCAGAAUUCUUUAUCAUUUUUGCCUUUAAUCAGAUAGGACAGUCGAGAGUGAUAGGAAAGUGGGAGAGAGAGUCGGGGUGGGAUCCGGAAAGAACCAUGGGUCGGGAAUCGAACCUGGGUCGCCGGCGUACGGUGCAGGUGCCCCAGCCAGUUGCGCCACGCUUCAGAAUUCUAAAUUGGUGUUAAUAUGUAUAUUCUGAAAUAUUUCAAAGUCCAAUGGUAAAAUCCCAUUGGACUUUUUUUGGGGGAGCCCUUCGCGAUGCUAAUUUUCCGGGUCAUUCUUUGCACCGCUCUAUCAAAAGCUUGUUUAACGCUUCAUUUCUUAAAUACCUUUGUAACGGCGGUCAACACAUCUUGUUUUUGUAUUUCAUUUUAAAGGUUCAUUAACUCGUUAACUUCUCUUUCGAUUUAGUUUGUGUUGCUGAUCUUGUGGGGGGAAAAAUCCUUUUGUACAAACAGGCUGGUUUUGCAUUGUGAGCCUCUUAACGUGACACGCUACAUAGCAUAUGUAGACUUCCUGAUUCCCUCCUUUAGGUGUAUCAAAGGUAGGUGCUGAAAUGAACUCUUCUUUACAGUAUCAGCUGUUUUAAAUGUUGCAUGUCAAGUUGAAUUGAUUUAAGAGAAGACAUCCUUGGGCACAGUCAGGGUAUAAAAGGUGGUUUUAUAUCCUCAUUUUCUUUAAAAUGAGCAUGUUUCAUUGAACUUCUGUUAAUUCAUGUCUCCUAGAGGCGACUCUGUAAGGGCUUUGUGUAGUUUUAGUCACAUGCAUAUGAAUCAGCUUUUUUCCCCAAACUUCUCCGUGUUUGCUGCACCAUAGAUUAUUUAGUUAGAGGGUAAGUUGUUGUUUUGAAAUGUUCCUAGCAAACAGUGAAUCCCUUUUUUUACAAUUUAAUAAACUUCUUCAAUGUU